AUGUCGAGCGACGCGCCUGUAGCCACGGUCUACGUGCGUAACCUUGAGGAGCGCAUCAAGCCAGAGCCUCUGCGCGACGCCCUCGAGGCCAUCUUCUCCGAGUUUGGCACCGUCAUCGACAUUGUUGCCAAGACGAACCUGCGUGCCAAGGGCCAGGCCUUUAUUGCCUUUGACAGCCCAGAGUCUGCAAAGCGCGCCGUCGAGGAAGCCCAGGGCUUCGUGCUGUUCGGUAAGCCCAUGGUGCUUGCCAUUGCGCGCAUGCGCAGCGACGCUACCGUGCAACAAACGGGCACGCCGGAGGAGCUCGAGGCUCACAAGCGGCACCGAGUGGCCGAGAGGGACAAGAAGCUUGCUUUCGAGACCGCCGAGGCCCAGAAGCGCCAGCUCCUGCGGCCCCAAGCAGACGCACUCGGCGGCGCGGCUCUUGGUGGUGCGGCUGCGCCUGCUGCCCCGGCCCAGAUCCCCGACGAGUACCUACCACCCAACAAGACGCUCUUCGUGCAGCAUCUUCCACGAGACAUCGACUCCGACCGUCUCACCGAGAUCUUCAGUCGCUUCGAGGGUUUCCGCGAAGUGCGCCUGGUGCCUGGCCGUGGCCUGGCGUUCGUGGAGUACGAGGCCGAGCAGGGCGCCAUUGCGGCCAAGACGAGCACAGCCGGCAUGCUGCUGGGCGAGGACAGCGACGAGGGCGGCAAGAAGUCGAUCAAGGUGACUUACCAGCGGCAGUAG